UAGACUUGUGUUGCAGAUUCGACAGACAGCAGUGGUUUUGUAAAGUAAAAAAAAAACUCUAACUAUCUAUUCAGUUAGUCUAUAAUGCGCACAAAUUAAUAUUUAUUGUUUCUUUUGAUACGUGAGGAAAAUGGACGGAAAACAAACAGCUGGUUCUGUGUUUAUGUGUCAACUGUGCAAACUCUUCACUCCCAGUCACUCUCAACUGUUGCUUCAUUGCUCCCAGCUGCAUCCCCAUCAUGAAUCUCCAGAAGACAUUAUGAUUGCACUGCAGCCUCUUAUAUCAGAGAGUGUGGAUCCGCUGGCAGAGGGUCCAGCGAAACAAAAAAGAGGACGACCAAAAGGCUCCACAAAGAAGAUUCUCAUCGACUUGACAGAGGACACGAGUGCUGCUGGUCKUUCUGCAGAGGAUGGUUUGAAAAGAGACCAAGAGACGAGCAAAGAGGAAGACCGAGAGGGWAGUUCAGUCAAUGAUGAAAGUCGUGGUGCGUUUUUAACACUGGAAUGCAGACGCUGCCGUCGCUCAUUUGGAAACAAACGACAGAUCCUCAAACACAUCUGCCUGAGAGGAGAGGAUGUAGAGGAGGAUGACAAYGAGAAUGAGAGUGUCGGUGGUGGAGAAGAAGAAGGAGGMUCUGAAAAUGUGGAUUCUGGAGGAGCAGUUGUGAACCACGUUAAACAAAAACCUGCAAGGUUCUCAAAGGGAAAAGAAGUGAGCAGCUUAAAACUCUUCAAAGACARCGUCUCAAAUGAAGACGGUCCGACAACUGGGCAGAAAAAGUCUGUUAUCGGUGUUGUUCUGACAGAGGCUGAAUUACUUCCAGGUGUUAGGAGAAUGGUUCCAGUUGAGGAAAGUUCAGCAGAAACUGAAAUGGCAGCUGUUCAAGAUCAACGUCAGCAGCCCGCAAGUGGAGGGCCAUCCUCUGAAAAUAACACAACAACAGAGCAGGAACCAAGUGCCGAUCCAAACUCAACAGAAAGCAACAAAGGCUUCCAGGAAUAUUCCAUCAAACAAGAUAAUAUCAACGUACGCCCCAACCAGCUGAAGAUCUUUGCCUGUGAGUUCUGUCACAAGAUCUUUAAGUUCAGACACUCGCUGGUCUCCCACCUCCGGACGCACACUCAGGAGAAACCUUUUCAUUGUCCGCACUGUGACUACGCGUCGGCCAUCAAAGCCAACCUGAAUGUUCACCUGAGGAAGCACACGGGAGAGAAGUUCAGCUGUGAGCACUGCUCCUUCAGCACCCCCAGCCCAGGACACCUCAAG